AUAGACUAAUUUAUUCGUAAUUAGUAGGUUGAUUACUAUUUGCUAAUCAUAAGUGGGGUCCACAUCUCUCUCCUAUCCUCUUCUUCCUCACGCACGCGGCGGAGCGGAGGAACGACGCGACGGCCUGAGCCGAGACGGCUCGGCGCGCAGCGGAAAAAGCGGCGGCGCUCCGCCAGGGUCUCACCGCCGGCGAUGGCGAGGCGCGACGGCCACCAUACGCACGACGCGACGGACUGGUGCGUCGUGGCGGACAGGUUUGAGGUGGAUCCAUGGCGACGGGUCGGUGGAGAACAGGACCUGCAGAGCGGCGGCGGCGCCGUGAGGCUCAGCUUCGAGACGCACCACGGCGGCGGCGUGGCACCUUCGCCGGAGUUCGCGGCGUGCGCGGCGAGCUCCUGCAGCGCGGAAAUCAUGGUGUUGCUGCUCCUGCAGCGCGGCGAGCUCCUGGUGCACCAUGACCGGCCGAGCCAUCACCACCGCCGUUACUUCCCAACGCCGCAACCAGUCGAAGCCGCCGCCGCAGUUGAAGUUGGAUGGGGAUUUCAGGCGUUAUUAUGACUCAAGAAACACUAUUCGAGAAUCAACACUACUACCGUGGUGACCUGUGAUUUUCUGGAGGGUUGUUCCCUGCCUUCUCUGCGAGGUUCCAUUCCAUAAGCUCAAGACAAACCUGCUGUCCGAUAGGCAGACCUAAAAGUGUUAUACGAAUGUAAGGCAGUCCUAAUUACUCCUACUCUACAUCACCCGAAAGUAUCUUAAGUAAAUUUUCAAAAAGAAUAGACGAUCGAUUGAAAGCAAAA